AUGCUUUCAUCAUCUUCGUCCCACCAUCAACAACAGGAUCACGAAGAACUCGAUCACAACAACAACAAGAGAAAACGUUUCACCUCAGGUUCUCAAGAAAAUCAGGAUGAUGAAACAUCAGCAGCAAAGGAUAUUUCCAUCAUGGAUAUGAAUCCGAGCAAUUACGUUCAUGUUCGGGAAACAAUUGAACGAUACAAGAUCAAAAAGUUAUUGCACUUUAAAAAGCAAUGGGAAGGAAUUGAAGCAAGAAAGAAGGAAAUUGAAUUUCUAGAGAAGUUUUUGUUGGGGAAGACAAGUGCUACCAAUGUUUCGUCAUCAUCGGAAUUGGGUACCCAUUCCUUCGCGACAAGGAAAAAAGAAACUGGUUCUUCUCAGGAAUUGUUGUCUCAAGGUGAAAAUGAUCCUGUUGAUUCCAACAAAGCUUCCUUUGAUGAUUAUCUUUUGAGCCCACAAAAGAAUUUGAAAGAUCUUUUAGAACAACAAGGUCAUGAUAAUCUCAUCAGGUUCAAUGUCGGAGGAAAGAUUUUCACAACCACGAAAACAACUAUUUCUAAGAGAGAGAACAUGUUGAAAACCAUGAUUAAUUCUGAGUUUGGAAUUGAUAGAGAUUCGAGUGGGGCUAUUAUGUUGGACAGAAAUCCAGACUUCUUUCCAAUUAUUUUGGAACAUUUGAGAACGGGAUCAACUACGCACUGUGGCCUCUGGGAAGAAAGAAAUGAAGAGACUCUUCCCAAGUUCAAAGAAUUGUUAGAAGAAUCUGGCUUUUUUGGGACUCAGCGUCUCAGUAAAGCUAUCAGAAUUAUCAUUAAUGAGAUUGAGCACAAGAUUAAGACUAAAAGUGAGCCCCCAACACCCAUAAAUUACACACACAAAAAACUAACGGACGAAACAUUGGAUAACACCAUGGUGAGCACUGGACAAGAUAAGGCAGAUCAGGAAUGGAUUGAAAACUUUAUGAGUUUAACUAUUAGUGAGAAGGAAAUAGCAGACAGUUACUUUACAAGUCUAGAGAAAAAAAUCAAGGAAGAGAAUGAAAUUCUAAAUUCCAAAGAGAAAGAAAUUGCAUUUUCCGCCAGAACAGAUAUUGUUUUUAAUGUGAGAGGUGUGAAAUAUACUGUUCCUCUUCGCAAAAUUGUAUCACAUCCUGAGUGUAUCCUUAAUGAUUUCUUGUCUGCUCUGGAACCUUCUAAAGAAAAUCAGUCUGUUCAAAACGAAAUUUUCAUUGACAGAGAUCCAGAAAUAUUUGGAGUGAUUCUUACCUAUUUGCAGACAGGUCAGGCUAACAUUUUCAACUUGGAAAAACACAAGCAAAAACAAGUAUAUAGAGAAUGCAAGCUUUUGAAUUUGACCGGAUUACUAGAUUACUGGAAUCCAUUAAGAUACCCUAUUGAAACCAUUGGAGAGGAGAACAUUAAGAUGAAAGAAGAAGAAGACUAUAUUAGACAUUUAUUUGCUACCGACCGUGAAAAUCCAGUUCUGAAUGACCCUUACUUACUAUUGUUCAACAUAUUCGAAAAUGAAAAAACAAGAGCAUCAUUUAAAAAAGAAGACCCACCUGGACAAGUUCCUCUCAUAUUCAACUUUGAAAACCCUUUAGAAAAAUCAGAGCUUACUCAAAAACAAGCCAUUGUAGUUCCUCCUGUUCCCAGGAUUUGUGCCUGUCGAGCGCAGUUCAUUGCUCAAUUCAAUGCCUUUACAUAUGGCAUAUUUAAGGAUAUGGAUUGGUCUAAUAUUGUAUGUGCGGGCGGUGCUGUAGUUGCUGCACUAAUGUCGCAUGACAGUAAGAAAGAGUCCACUUCUGGGGCAUCUACGGAAUCCACUUCAAUCGAAGAGCAGGCCAGUAGUUGGGAUGUAGACGAUACUUGUGAAGAAAAUCCAGAAGAUGAUGGAUUUGAAAUUGAAGAUGAUGAUGAAAAUGUAUUUACUGACAGCGACGAUGAAAAGAGUGCACAGUCAUCUUUGGACAAUCCAUUUGGAUUUAAAUCUUCAACUUUGGGUUUUUACUCACAACCAAUAGAAACAACUGCGGAUAAGGAAUUGGCAAACACAUUAACAUAUUCUGUUUGGUCAAAAAGUGACGUUGAUUUGUUUAUUUAUGGUCUUUCCGAAAAAGAGGCAGAAGAAAAGAUUAAUUACUUGUUUACACUUUUUAAAAGUAAUCUAAAUGGACAUGUAUAUAGAAAAUAUUUCAUGAAUAGUGGAUAUUCACAACUACAGGACGAUAUUUUGAUUGUCCGAACAGAACAUUCGGUCACGUUUUAUUUCCAAUAUCCAAUUAGACCAGUUCAAAUUAUUCUUCGUAUCUAUAAGAGCAUUACAGAGGUGUUGUGUGGGUUUGAUAUCGAUAGUGUCACGUUUGGCUUUGAUGGCUCCCAAGUAUUUUGUUUACCUCGUGGAAGAAGAGCCAUUAAUACCAGAUGCAACUUGGUAGAUCCAUCACGACAGUCCAAAACCUAUGAAAUUCGUCUUUUGAAAUACGCGAAAAGAGGCUUUAGGAUUGCUAUCCCAGGUUAUGAUGAAACCAAAAUUAAGAAUGAAAUUUUGUUGGCUGGAAAACCGGCCUACUCCCCCAUUCGAAGACGAAGAAAAUACAGGUACUACAUGAACGACACACCUCGUGCCGACGUAUCAAAAAUGACUGGACUUGCAAGACUAUUAGUCAUUAAACAAGCAACAAAAUUUUCACGCAAUGUAGAAAAAGCUGUGAAUGGUAAAUCUUUAGAGAAAGAAGAAAUGAAUAUCCAUGACUAUGACCAACUUUGUCUUCCAUACAAUUCCUUAACAACAGCAGCGAUGAACUAUGAGACCACCAAACGAGUCGUUCAAUUUUUCCAAGAAAAGUUGAAUAUGAAGCCGCAUUUUGAAUUUGCCUUGAAUGAUGUCACCAGCGUACUGCAUGCUUCUGGUGGCAAAAGCACCAUUUCUCCAGACGUAAAAUGGAUUACCAUCGAGCCUGGCCGUCAGUAUAUUGGAAGUUUCCAUCCAUCGACAACCAAUUUCUACAAGGAUGCCUACACAUCACAACUUGCCAAAAAGCCUGUAGUUAUUCCCAAAAAGAAAAAAGUAAGGAUUACUUGGCAUUGGCAACAUAAAGCGAACUAUAACGAGUACACCAAGGAAAUCAGCGCUUUGAUUGAGAGGGCAUAUCAGAAAUAUAAGAAGAAAAAAUCCGAACACAAAGUGGCCAUUUCUUCAACACACUACAUUGACUUCAAUCAGAAUAAGCAAAUUUCUCUUGAGGAUCGCACAAGAAUGAGACAUGUCAAACGAACAAAAGUUAAACUACCUGAGAAGUAG